AUGACUUUCCACAUAGUAUUUCCCAUCCUUUUAUGUUCUUUUGCAUUGCAACAAGCAAAUGCAAUAGAUAACAAUUUUAACACAUACUAUUCAUACCUUUGGGGAGGUGACCACUUCACACUUAAUCCCCAAGGAACAGAAGCCCAACUUAAAUUUGACAGUGCCACAGGAGUUAUUACAAGCUUCUUCUUGACCGAGGUCCCAGUUGGUCAGAGCCCAUAUGAAAAUCAUUUUGAGGUAGACUUUGAGUUUAUUGGCACCAAUGGGUCUGUCUCUACCAAUAUAUUUGCCAAUGACAAAGGAUAUAGAGAACAAGUCUUCCAACUAUGGUUCAAUCCAUCCCAAGAUUUUCACAGUUAUGACAUCCUUUGGAACACCCACCAAAUAGUUUUCUUGGUGGACAAUAUUCCGAUACGAGUUUUCAAGAACAACGUGGCGCAAGGGGUAGCCUUUCCAUGGUCACCAAUGCACAUUGAGACGAGCAUGUGGCACGCGGAGUGGGCCGGGCCAGUGGAUUGGAGUCGGGCCCCUUUCAUUGCUUCGUAUUCGGAUUUUGGGUUCUACGCUUGCGCAAGGAAUGUCUCGAAAUGCGGCUCGCCACAGUAUUUUUGGAAUGGUCCGAAAUAUUUGGAGCUAAAUACUGCCCAAAAACAGCAAAUGGCUGAGUAUAGAAGAAAGUACAUGAUCUAUGACUAUUGUACUAAUCCAAACUUAAGGAAGAAAGAAUGUGAUUGGAAUUAG